CCCCGACGCUGCUGGCGGAGCAGAUGAACAUGGUCGGCAGCCGCAGGAAGAGCGUGAACAUGACCGAGUGCGUGCCCGUCCCCAGCUCCGAGCAUGUCGCCGAGAUCGUGGGUCGCCAGGGGUGCAAGAUAAAGGCCCUGCGCGCCAAGACGAACACCUACAUCAAGACGCCGGUGCGCGGGGAGGAGCCGGUCUUCAUCGUGACGGGCCGCAAGGAGGACGUGGAGAUGGCCAAGCGCGAGAUCCUGUCGGCUGCCGAGCACUUCUCCGUGAUCCGCGCCACGCGCAGCAAGGCCGGCGGGCUGCCCGGGGCCACGCAGGGCCCGCCCAACCUGCCAGGACAGACCACCAUCCAGGUGCGCGUGCCCUACCGCGUGGUGGGGCUGGUGGUGGGGCCCAAGGGCGCCACCAUCAAGCGCAUCCAGCAGCGGACGCACACGUACAUCGUGACGCCGGGGCGCGACAAGGAGCCGGUGUUCGCCGUGACCGGCAUGCCCGAGAACGUGGACCGCGCGCGCGAGGAGAUCGAGGCGCACAUCACGCUGCGCACCGGCGCCUUCGCCGACGCCGGCCCGGACAGUGACUUCCAUGCCAAUGGCACCGACGUGUGCCUGGACCUGCUCGGGGCGGCCGCCGGCCUCUGGGCCAAGGCCCCCAACCCCGGGCGGCGUCCCCCGGCGCCCGCGGCCGCUCUCCGCGGGGACGGGGCCCUGGGCGCCCCGGGGGGCCCCGACGCCUUCUACGCAGGUAGUCGCGGGGGCCCGCCUGUGCCGGACACAGGCCCCGCCAGCCCCUACGGCAGCGCGGGCAGCGGGGGCUUCGCCCUCGGCGGGGACGGCCCGGGGGCCCCCGAGGACUGCGACUUCGGCUUCGACUUCCUGGCGCUGGACCUGACGGUGCCCGCCGCCGCCGCCAUCUGGGCCCCCUUCGAGCGGGCCGUGCCCCUGCCAGCCCUCGGCAGCUGCUCGGCGGUGAACGGGGCGCCCGCGCCAGCGGCCCCGGGUGCCCGGCGCAGCAGCGGGCCCGGCACGCCGCGACACUCGCCCACGCUGCCCGAGCCGGCCGGCCUGGGCCCGGAGCGCCCGCCGGCGCGCCGCGGCGCCCCGGACCCGGUGGGCGCCCUGCCCUGGCGGCCCGCGCAGGGCUCGCUGGCGGCCCUCCCGAGCAGCGCCGGCUUCCCCGCGGCCGCCUCGCCGCCCGGCGGCCCCUCGGCCUCCCCGUGCGCGGCCCUGGACCCCAGCGCCCCGGACGGCGGCCGCAAGCCCCCGGCGGCCCCCGGCGCGGCCUCGGCGCGGGAGUGCGUGGUGUGCGCCGAGGGCGAGGUGAUGGCCGCGCUGGUGCCCUGCGGCCACAACCUCUUCUGCAUGGACUGCGCCGUGCGCAUCUGCGGCAAGAGCGAGCCCGUGUGCCCCGCGUGCCGCACGCCCGCCACCCAGGCCAUUCAUAUCUUCUCCUAGCGGGGCGCGGGCCCGGUGCGCACAGGCGAGCUCCGACCCCGGUCCCAGGCGUGCAGACGGCGGUGCCCGCGGCCUCUCCACCCACGGCCAGUGACAGUAUUGAGUGGACAGCUUACAAUAAACCACAGCGAGAAACUCCGCCUGCACUUUCUAUUUAAGCCCCCACCCCACUCCCCUGGGGGGAUCUUUUUAAGAGAAAAACACAAACGCGAUUUUUACAGCUCCUCAGCCGUUUUGUACCCGGCGGAUUUCUGAUUUGACAGUGUUUCACCUUGGCCUGCAGCUGCAGCCUCAGCAGAAACUUGCAGAAAGAGGGUGCGGCCACGCCGAGCCCCUCUUGGAGCCCCCGGCUGCCCUUUGGGGAGGGGCUCGGCCCAGGCCAGAGGGGGGCGGGCGGCGAGGGGCAUCCGCUCGGAAAUUUCUAACUGGUUUUGUUUUUAAUUAUUAAUCCCCUUCUGCUGUGGUUUCUGUUGUCAGAUUUUACAUUUAAAAAAAUUUUUUUUAAACUUUUACUUUUUACCUCUUGUGUAUAUGUAGGGAAUUUAUAGGGAAAUAUGUACUUUAUGGAAUAAAUUUUAAGAACUAAAAUAUAUUUUAUUUUAAAUAAAGUAAUGGACCUUUAAUCUUACACAGCUAAAUUACUGAUUAUAUAUUUGCUGAGCUGACUUAAGGGUUCAGAAAAUUGUAUCAAGAGUUUUAUUUUUUGACUUCAAAGCCUUCUUAAUAAAGUCUUUUUACUACACGUGA